ACGCAUUAACGUAUGGGCUGUCACCGCGAGUUGGGGGGGGAAGUAAACAAGAUGGCGACAACCUGAGUGGCAAGAGUAAGAGUCAGAAAAUUGACCUGAUAUCUUGUUAGACCCAAGUGAAACAUUUGCUUCACUGAGGUCGGGCACACAAAUAGAAAAUAAAACCUGCAACGGACAAAAUUCACAUGGAUCUAGGCACCAGGCAGUGAAAACUGUGGUGGCAUGGAGGACACCUGAGGACGGCUGGACACAUUGGACGGCUCCAAUACCAGAGAUUGUCUGAUACUGCUGCAUGCUUGUGGCUGUAUAUCUGCGUUUGGAUUCGGUCCAGCUGUACACAUAUGUGUCCUGAAGAAAACUGUGCUGUGAAGCAUGGACCUUUGACAGAAAUGCUGUGCUGUAUAGCCUUGAAGCAGGACUGGCUGCCUCUACCUAAGACUGUAUGGUAUUAAAUUCAUUUAGAAGUGAGCUCGAGUUAAACUGAGAAGAAUAACAUUUUAGAAUCACAAUUUUCUAUUAUCUGUUCAACUGCACUUGUCACAGAUGUAGUACAAAAUGCACAGUAACUUGGCACUGGACCCAGCGGGUUCUUCACCUCUGUUCGCACCUCUUGCGUAAAAAGAGCCCUAAUGUUUACAGAUUGGGAUUUAUCCCUCACCUCAUCCCUCUACUCUCAGGCCUGAUUGCUCCCUUCCCCAUGUUCAGUAUUUUGUAAUUCAUCUGUAUUCCAUCUUGUGGAAUUAAAAUACUUGGCUUGGAGCUGAAAGGUUACCAGUGGAUUACUCUAUAUUAGCGGUUAUAGGUUUUUGCAAACUUUUUUGCACAGGAGGAUUAAGCUGUGACUGCUGAAGCAUCAGUCAUGAGUACCGGCGAGCUGCAUCAUCUUGACUAUCUAAAUGAAAACGAACUGAUGGAGAUGGAUACUUUCAUUCACCGCAUUGACUCUACAGAGGUGAUCUACCAGCCUCGGAGGAAGAGGGCAAAGCUGAUAGGAAAGUACUUGAUGGGAGAUCUGCUAGGGGAGGGAUCUUAUGGCAAAGUGAAAGAGAUGCUGGACUCAGAGACCCUUUGUCGCAGGGCUGUUAAAAUACUGAAGAAGAAGAAGCUGAGGAGGAUUCCCAAUGGAGAAGCUAAUGUGAAAAAGGAGAUUCAGCUGCUAAGAAGACUCCAACACAAGAAUGUGAUUCAGUUGGUGGAUGUGCUUUACAAUGAAGAGAAGCAGAAAAUGUAUAUGGUGAUGGAGUAUUGCGUUUGUGGGAUGCAAGAAAUGCUGGACAGUGUCCCAGAAAAAAGGUUUCCAGUGUUUCAAGCUCACGGGUACUUUUGCCAACUCUUAGAUGGCCUUGAAUAUUUGCACAGCCAGGGAAUAGUUCACAAAGACAUUAAACCAGGGAAUCUGCUGCUGACCACUGACGGGGCACUUAAAAUCUCCGACCUGGGGGUAGCAGAGGCCCUUCACCCAUUUGCAGAGGAUGAUACAUGUCGCACCAGUCAGGGCUCUCCGGCUUUUCAGCCUCCAGAGAUCGCAAAUGGACUGGACACCUUUUCAGGGUUUAAAGUGGACAUUUGGUCUGCUGGAGUAACACUAUACAACAUUACAACAAGUCUUUAUCCGUUUGAGGGGGACAACAUCUAUAAGCUAUUUGAGAACAUUGGAAAAGGAGACUACACUAUUCCCGAGGAGUGUGGACCCCUUUUGUCAGACCUGCUGCGAGGAAUGCUUGAGUAUGACCCUGCAAAGAGGUUCUCCAUACAGAACAUACGGCAACACAACUGGGUGCGUAAGAAACACCCUCCGUCUGAACCCCCUGUGCCCAUCCCUGCCAGUGCAGAGAGCAGGGAUCCUUGGAGAAGUAUGACAGUGGUACCCUAUCUGGAGGAUCUACACGGCUACACAGAGGAGGAUGAUGACGAGCUCUAUGACGGAGAGGAUGAGAUCAUAUACACUCAGGACUUCACAGUGCCAGGGCAAGUGGCCGAAGAAGAUCAGGAUCAGGGACACGCAGACCACAGUCCAGCUCUAGCCAAGCCAGUUUGUGUGAACGGGACGGACGGCGGGUCUCUGAACAGCAAGGCUAAAGCUGAGCGCCGAUCCUCCUCUUCGUCCAACCCCUCGCGUAAAGGAGUCUCCACAGCCAGCAAGAUCCGCAAGCUCUCUACCUGCAAACAGCAAUGACCACCUUCCCUUUCCCCUCCCAGAAACAACUCACAUGGUUGAUCUGUCCCUGUUCUUCUGUAUCUGGAGUACACACCGUUGUGAGAGAAACCUGCUGACGCUAAUGACCUCACUUCUCCUUGGACCACUGGCCUGCAGAAUCUUUUGAAGUUGCAGUAUGAGUGACAGGGAGGAGGAGGACAGCAUCAAAUGUUCUUUUUGCUCCGAGAUGAAGCACUGGCUGUAAAGAUGGUGUUUUUUUCCCCUUUCCUUUCCUUUCAAUUCCUGUCAUCCAGUCCUGUCAUCUAUUUCAUCUCCCCUCUCCACUCUGUCAUCCUCUUAAGAGGGCCAAGUGUUGCACCGGACGUUACAAACACCAUCACCCGUGUACCCCUCCCAUCCACUCCCUCACCACCCCCCAUCUGGUUUCUCUGACGACCUUUGUUUUUACAGAACCCUAAUGGCAGUUUUUAAGACACAAUGUGAUGUAUUAAAAAAAUUAAAGUGGGAAAAAAAAUGACAAAAGUUAUGAAUAAUUCUAUAUUUAGAUCUAUGAUGAGAAUAAUUAUGAUAGUACUCUAUUACCACCAACAUAAAAAACUGCAUGCUGUACUGAGUUGGAAGAAAGGGAAAGUGCUCGGUUUGUGGACAGACUGACAGACUGAAACCUUGAGAUCCACUGCUGACUUGUUGGGGAUUUUUGAUUUCCAUUUAGGUUUUUUCUUUUUCUUUUUUCCAAUGAAUAUUUUUUAAUUAUUAUUUAUAUAAAAUAUGUGCCAAACAAG